AGUCCUCCCCCCCUCCCCGCCCGCCCCGCCGCCGCCGCCCGGGCUGUUCCUGUAAGGCGGGGAGACAAUGAGUAAACUCUCCUUCCGAGCGCGGGCGCUGGACGCCGCCAAACCGCUGCCUAUCUACCGCGGCAAGGACAUGCCUGAUCUCAACGACUGCGUCUCCAUCAACCGGGCCGUGCCCCAGAUGCCCACCGGGAUGGAGAAGGAGGAGGAAUCGGAACAUCACUUACAGCGAGCUAUUUCAGCACAGCAAGUGUUUAGAGAAAAAAAGGAGAGCAUGGUCAUUCCAGUUCCUGAGGCAGAGAGCAACGUCAACUAUUACAAUCGCUUGUACAAAGGAGAGUUUAAACAGCCAAAACAGUUCAUUCAUAUUCAGCCCUUUAAUCUAGACAACGAGCAACCAGAUUAUGAUAUGGAUUCAGAAGAUGAGACCUUAUUAAAUAGACUUAACAGAAAGAUGGAAAUUAAGCCUUUGCAAUUUGAAAUUAUGAUUGACAGACUUGAAAAAGCCAGUUCUAAUCAGCUUGUAACACUUCAGGAAGCAAAACUGCUGCUAAAUGAAGAUGAUUACCUUAUUAAAGCUGUGUAUGACUACUGGGUAAGAAAACGUAAAAACUGCAGGGGGCCAUCCCUCAUUCCUCAGAUAAAACAAGAGAAAAGAGACGGCUCUACCAACAAUGACCCUUAUGUUGCCUUUCGGAGGAGAACAGAGAAAAUGCAAACUCGAAAGAAUCGUAAGAAUGAUGAAGCCUCUUAUGAAAAGAUGUUGAAGUUGAGACGAGAGUUUAGUAGAGCCAUAACAAUUUUGGAAAUGAUUAAGAGAAGAGAGAAAACAAAACGAGAACUAUUGCACUUAACCUUAGAAGUUGUGGAGAAAAGAUAUCAUUUGGGAGACUAUGGUGGUGAAAUCCUUAAUGAAGUGAAAAUCAAUAGAUCAGACAAAGAGUUAUAUGCCACUCCAGCAACUCUUCAUAAUGGAAAUCAUCACAAAGUCCAAGAAUGUAAAACUAAGCACCCUCAUCAUUUGUCUUUGAAAGAAGAGGCUUCUGAUGUGGUUCGUCAAAAGAAGAAGUACCCAAAGAAGCCUAAAGCAGAGGCUUUGAUAACAUCUCAGCAACCCACUCCUGAGACAUUGCCUGUGAUCAAUAAGAGUGAUAUUAAGCAAUAUGACUUUCACAGCUCAGAUGAAGAUGAAUUUCCACAGGUACCAUCCCCAGUAUCAGAACCUGAAGAAGAAAAUGAUCCCGAUGGUCCCUGUGCUUUCAGGAGGCGAGCAGGAUGCCAGUAUUACGCUCCUCGUUUGGACCAAGCUAACCACUCAUUUGAAAAUUCAGAAUUGGCAGAUUUGGAUAAGUUGAGAUACAGGCAUUGCCUUACAACACUCACAGUCCCAAGAAGAUGUAUAGGAUUUGCAAGGAGGCGAAUUGGCAGAGGUGGAAGGGUCAUUAUGGACCGAAUAUCCACAGAACAUGACCCAGUCCUGAAACAGAUAGACCCUGAAAUGCUGAAUGGUUUUUCAAGCUCUUCCCAAACUAUAGACUUUUCUUCUAAUUUCACUCGGACCAAUGCUUCCAGUAAACAUUGUGAAAAUAGACUGUCCCUUUCUGAAAUACUAAGCAAUAUCAGAUCAUGUCGACUACAGUGUUUCCAGCCAAGGCUACUAAAUUUACAGGACAGUGAUAGUGAAGAAUGUACCUCAAGAAAAUCAGGGCAGACUGUGAACAAUAAAAGAGUUUCUGCAGCAUCUGUAGCUUUAUUGAACACCAGCAAGAAUGGCAUAUCAGUAACAGGGGGUAUCACAGAAGAGCAGUUUCAGACACAUCAACAGCAGUUAGUUCAAAUGCAAAGGCAGCAGCUUGCUCAGCUUCAGCAGAAACAGCAAUCUCAGCAUUCCUCACAACAGACACAUCCAAAAGCACAGGGCUCAAGCACCUCUGACUGUAUGUCUAAAACACUUGACUCAGCCAGCGCCCACUUUGCUGCAUCCGCAGUGGUCAGUGCACCUGUUCCAAGUCGUGGUGAGGUAGCCAAGGAACAGAACACUGGCCACAACAUAAACGGUGUUGUCCAACCUUCAGGAACCUCUAAAACAUUAUACUCCACCAAUAUGGCUUUAUCAUCCAGCCCAGGGAUUUCCGCUGUACAGCUUGUAAGGACAGUUGGCCACACCACUACAAACCACUUAAUCCCAGCAUUGUGCACAAGCAGUCCUCAAACACUUCCCAUGAACAAUUCCUGCCUGACAAAUGCAGUGCACCUCAAUAAUGUCAGUGUUGUUUCUCCAGUCAAUGUGCAUAUCAAUACACGGACUUCAGCACCAUCGCCAACAGCCUUAAAACUUGCCACAGUUGCUGCCAGUAUGGACAGAGUGCCAAAGGUUACUCCUAGCAGUGCCAUUAGCAGCAUAGCAAGAGAGAACCAUGAACCUGAGAGAUUGGGCUUAAAUGGAAUAGCAGAGACAACAGUAGCUAUGGAAGUGACAUAACCUAAAACGUGUGGCUUUUGACCUGUGCUGAUGGUGUGCAGUCAUUCAUAUUCCAGCUGAAUGCAAAAGGCGACACACUCUGUGGAUCACAGAGUGUAACAAUGGACCUAAAUGGACUACAGUAUAUCGGAUAUUAAAUCGAUAUAUGAUGUAUAUUUUGUAAAAUUGGGAAAAUCACUACCUUGUAAAAUAGUUUAUUUGUAUCAUCAAUAUUAUUUCUGUUACUUGAAUAGUAGAUAUUCAUCAUCAUGCUUUUGCACUUGAAUUUGCAACUGAAUGGAUUUUAAAAAAUAAUUCUUUAAUGGGAUCAUGAGCAUGAAAUGGGAUCCUGCAUCACUUGUUUUAACUAUUUAUUUUGCCAUGUUUACAUUUUGUAUCUUGUAAAAAUAAAUCCAACUUUGUGUCUAAAAAGUUAAAGAUUCAUAGCUAGGAAAUGAAAUUCUUGUAAUUUUUUUCUAAAGGAACUGUAAAGUUUUCACUUGGUUCAUUUUGUUUCACAAUUUGACUAGAUGGACUUUUUGGUAAAUACUAGUGGCAUUUCACUGUCAAAUAUGAAGUUCAAGGCAAAAUAGUAUUUUCUAUUACUGUGCAGGGGAAAGGGAUGGAUCGAUACAUGCAAAUUUAAUGUAGUAACUCACUUUUCCAUAUAUUUUGAAUGUAUAUUUCUAUUUAUAAUACCAGUUUAUAAAAAAUAAUUACACAGGAGAAAUGGACUAGGAAAAAUUAUGCAUCUAGCACAUUUAAACUGUGCAGAUAAGAAAAUUUUUCAAGGAUUACAUUUUAUCUGAAGACUGCGUAUUUUAACUGGCUUAAAAACUGUAACACACCACAUAAAGGAUAUUUUACCAGGUAUGUAUUGCAUCAUAUCAUUGCAAUAAUUAUUGGAAGUCUAGAUAUCGAGCCAUCCCAGGUGUUGGGAGGGGGGGAGGGUUGUGGCAAGAUUGUCUUUUCAAUUUUGGAGAGUUUUCCUGUGGCUACAAGGCAAGUAACGGGUUGGAAAAAGUCUGACUGUAAGCGUUGGACACCUUCAUAGUGUAGUGUUUUAGUGACUUUUUUUAUACGGUUCUUGUAAAUUAGAUACGUGUAGUGGUGUUUCAGAAUGUUUGUUUAUGCACUAGUUCAGACAACUUUCCCUGUUACUUGUUCUUGAUAAGUGAAAACUGCAGGGAAAUAAAAAUACAUAUCAAAACAUGGA